AAAAAUGCACAAUAAAUUUGUGCUGCCUCAUUUAUAAGCCUCUAUAACCUCUGUACAUAAACACCAGUACACACAUACAUCUAUUUGAUCAUAAAAUGUCGGACGACGAAGCUAAACAACGCUACCAGAACAUCGUGGUAAUGAGACACGGGGAUCGCAUAGACAACUUCGACCCAUCCUGGGCGAUAAAUGCGGAGAGAAAGUGGGACCCGCCACUAAUUGAAGCGGGCAAGACCCGGGCUUUUAAUACGGGUCGGAAACUUCGGGAGAAUCUGGGUUUUCCCAUCCACCGGAUCUUUGCUUCUCCCUUUCUUAGGUGUCUUCAAACUGCUGCUGGAGUUCUUUCGGGUCUGUGCUCAGAUUAUGGUGACCCGACCCGGAUUGAUGUUACUAACUUAAAGGUAUCAAUCGAAUAUGGUUUGUGUGAGAUGUUAAACACCACUGCCAUAAGGCCUCCAAUGGCUCCUGAAGAUCGUAACUUUACCUUUAACAUCUUAGAGUGUGAAGCUAUAUUUCCUGGUGGGACAGUUGAUCAUACUGUAAAGCCAGUGUAUCAAAAGUUGCCAACAUGGGAAGAAACAGUGGCAGCAGCUAGAGAUAGAUAUGUGGAUGUUAUUAAGGCUCUUGCUGAUAGAUACCCUUCAGAAAACUUGUUGCUCGUCACACAUGCUGAAGGAGUCGGAGUAUCAGUUUCUGCAUUUGCAAAAGAAGAUUUAACUGUAUACGAAGUUGAGUAUUGUGCAUAUUCAGAAUUACAGAGAUUUAUCUCUUUUGACAAAGACAAUACAUGUACUGCAAACAAUCUUGAGGUGGUCCUGGAUCAAGUAGUUAAAACUGGUAUUAGCUACUAUUCAGCCAGUAAACUUCCAAGUGAACCCUAAAUGCAAUUAGCUAUCCUUGAAGUUACUGUCAAAUUUGUUGUGGUGUGCAGAUCAUACUUAGAAAAUUAUCAGUUCAUACACAACCAUUUUAGAGUUGUGACCAUACUGGUUCACUUUCUGUCGAUUGAAGGUUUAGAUCAUUGUCGGAAACAAUAUUUUAUAUAAUGUGGAAGUUUCCAUAUUUGCAGGUCAUAUGUCAGAGUUCAGCUUAAUGUAUUUAAAUAUCUGAAUGAAAAAUUGUUUGACAAAUUUCUCAAUACUAAAGAUUAUGGAUGGUACUUCUUUUCUCA